ACGCAACCCACCUGUAUCUGCCAGCCAACUGUCAAUGUCAAUUUUGUCAAUCAGUCGGUGUUUGCAAAUUCAAAUUAUUUUAUUUUAGAUUGGCGAAUUUUUUGUGUAAAACGGAAACAACCACAGAGCAAAAAAAAAUCUACUAAAUACUAAAUGUUAUUUCUCAACUCAAAUACAAUGUAGACUGACCCAAAUAAGUAUUAUUUAUCUAGUCGCUUAAAUAAUAUAUAUAUACAAUGUUACCUAGUAGCGAAAUCUUUAAAAGUCUGGUGGAGUUCAAAACACCUGUAUUUGUUGCCCUUGAAGAAGUAGCAGAUCUUGAUGGAACGUGCAAAUCUUUAAUAAACAGCUAUCUCACUGAAACUGAUUUAAUAGAUUUGUUGGCGAUCGUCAAAAUCCAGGCUAUUAUUGAUUAUAUGUAUGAACAAGUUAACAUAGGAAACUGGAAAGAGGUUAAACUCUAUCUCAGGAAAACAAUUACAAUAGCCUCAUAUUUAUUACUAUUAGCUAAAGUAAAAUGCACAAUAGAAGUAACUGAAAGCUUGGUAAAAGAAUUCUAUAAAAUAAUUGACUUUGGAAUUAUGUUUGGAUGCCCUGUAGAUGAAGCACCUGAUUUACUUCAAAAUUGUGCCAGUUACCUUAAUUCACUGAGCUUAUUGCCUCACAGUAUUACAGAGACGUCCAAUAAAAAUCAGGAUAAAGUGAAUGUUGAAAAUAAUAAAUAUAAUGCAAAUCUUAUAGAAGUUAUUGACUGCCCAAGUAUGGAGCACUUUUAUAAGAACUACAUAGUUGCUGAAAAACCAGUUGUUUUAAGAAACUGCAUAAAUCACUGGCCAGCUCUUUCAAAAUGGAGAGAUCAGAAUUACUUUAUAAAAUUAGCUGGAGCAAGAACAGUCUCUAUUGAAAUAGGAAGAGAUUACACAGAGUCGGAAUGGACGCAGAAAUUGAUGACAAUAGAAGAUUUUAUAAAAGAUUUUAUAUUCCAGACAAACGGUUCUACUGGGUACCUUGCUCAGUAUCAGCUAUUUGAACAGAUACCAGAACUAAAGGAAGACAUAAUUGAACCUGAAUAUUGUUGUUUUGCUGACAAAGAUGAGCCAGUAGAUGUAAUGGCUUGGUAUGGUCCUAAAGGAACUUUAUCACCAUUACACCAUGACCCUAAAAAGAAUUUAUUAACACAAGUUGUCGGUGAAAAACAGAUUUUCUUGUUCUCACCGCAAGAUUCAGAAUUCUUGUAUCCUCAUGAACAUGAAUUAUUGCACAAUACAUCUAAAGUUGAUCCAAGGCAACCAGAUUUACUGAAGUAUCCAAAGUAUAAAGAUGCAAAAGUAUACUACUGUGUGCUCAGCCCUGGCCAAAUGCUGUACAUCCCUCCGAAAUGGUGGCACUUCGUAGAGUCACUGUCAAUUAGUUUCUCUGUCAGCUUUUGGUGGAACUGAUGAUUGGUUAUAUCAACAUAAUGGAAGAAGAAUGAAACUAGAUAAAGAGGUAUUUGUAGUGUGAUUUACCUCUCAUCCUGGUUCCUGAUAUG